UUGGAGAAUCUCUAUCAUUGUUCGCCAUCUUCUUGAGUUGUUCAGAUCGUUGAAUCGUGACUUUGGUCUGCUAUUAAAAAGUGGUAGUAAAGUAGUGUAAUUGUGAGAUUUUGAGUAAAAUAAAGUUUUUCUUGAAACUUGAGAUUUUUAAUAGCUAAACAGGCAAAAAUGACUGAAGUUGAGAAGAAGCCUGAAGCCGAGAAGAUUACCGGGAAUACCGAAACAGAAACGGACGCCCCAAAAACGGACAAUGAGCAUCAACGUAAAAUUAACAUUGGAAAUUUGCCAUCGGAUGUGACCGAACAGCAACUUCGUGAACAUUUUACUGGGCACGAAAUUGAGAAAGUAGAAAUCUAUCAUUACCGCAAGUAUACGCUUGCUUUACUUUUAUUCAAAGAUAAAGAAACUGCAACCAAGGCCAUUUCCGAAAAGGAUGGUUCUAUGUUCCGUGAGCGUCGUCUUCGUAUUCAUUUAGAGUAUAUGACUAUCCGCCAUAUCAAACGGGAUGUGAUUGUUGUUGUAGUAGAUGACGAGAAUAUGACCGAAGAACAACUGUGGGAUAAAAUUAAGACGGCCGCUGGCGUCGAGCCAACAUCGGUCCUCAUUUUUUAUCCGUUAGGAUAUGUUUCUUUGGCGAAGGAUUCGGAUAAGCCUGCAAUCUUGGAAAAACUUAAUGCAGCUGGUUUUAACGCGCAUGACGUUAACCAACGCGACCAAAAUCAGCAUUUGGAUAUUUGGCGUGCUGCUAAGUUGUUCUUCCGUAACCGUAAUCGCGUUCAGCUGCUGAACAUUCCGAAUAAAUGGAUCGAAGAUAAAGAAGAAAUGAUGAAAAAUUGUCUGGAAGGCGGAGUUAUUACGGAAGCGGUUUCCAAUAAUGUAAGCCAGAACCAGAAUGCUUCAAAUUAUGCUCGUAUAUUUUAUGAGAACGAAGAACAAGCCUCCAAGGCAGCUUCGGCUUUGAAUGGUCGAAUUUUUGAAGGCAAACGUAUUCAUGCUCUUCACUUGGGAUCGGCUUUAGUGCCAAACUACAAAACAUCGGUCUUCGCCACUUCGUUAGACAAAACAAUUACUGAAGAGCAAGUAUAUGAUCACUUUAAGCAAUUUGGAGAGAUUGAUUUUGUCAACCGACGUAACUGUAAUGACGCAGCAAUAAUUUGCUAUAAAAAUGCUGACGCCGUAGAAAAAGCUCUUGCAUGUACAACUUUCCCAGCACCCACCGAUGAAAACAAAGAUGCUACUAAGGAAGUUACAGUUAAGAAAUACAAUGGUCCUUUGGUACUGCGUCCUCAAGCGGUUAAACGUAAAAUAAAAACUAAUGAAGAUGGUCAACAAGUUGAUCCCGAAGAAAAAAGCAAGGAACAACAAGACGUGCUUAAGAAAUUGCAAGCCUAUCAUCCAAUUUUCGUCGGCAAUGUCCCGCUCAACUGCCCACCUUUGGAAUUGAAGCGCUAUUUCUCCCAGCACGGUCCUAUCAAAUUCAUGUUUUCGCCUCAGAUUGUUCUUUAUAGAACCAGCGCUCCACAUCCUGUGAAAACAUUUAUUAUCUAUUAUAACACUCGUGCUAGCGCUGUUAACGCUUGUAAGUUCCUUGAUCAUAAAUUCUUUGGUGGUCAUCGACUGCACGUUCUACCACUUCGUGGCGAGACUUCUUUCGAUGUUAAGAAGACCAUCAAGAUGACUAAGAUUCCUUACUUGUCUGAAGAUGCUCUAUUCAAAAAAAUCAAGCCCUACGUAGGCAAGAUUAACCGCAUCGUUAAGAAGUCGCGGCUGGCCGCAUACAUCGAGCUGAACGACCCAGCCGAUGUAGAGAAAAUGUUGAAAUCGGAAGCCGCAGAUCAUCCAUUCCCAAAGGGUAAGAUGGAAUUGAUCAAAACUCCGGUGAAUGUUCGCUUGUACAACGAAAACGAUUCACGCGUUUUGGGUGGCAUAGCCAAAAUCAUUUCUAAAAAUCCUGACAUGUUGAAAAAGACGCCUAUUUCGGCACAGGGCCCUAUGAACAAACGCCCACGGCUCAGUGGACCUGGUUUUAAUCAAGGCCCAGGUGGCUUCAAUACCAAUAACAAUCUGAACAAUCCUCAAGCUAUCCAAGAUUUGUUGCGUCUUGCGUUCAUGUCUGGUAAGAACGUUGGCGAGAGUCUGGCUUCUAACCAGACCUCGUUUAAUGCGCCCGAUCCACCAAUUGCCAAUUCGAACAACUUUGGUGACGGUGGUUUCGGUAAUCGUAAUAACCGUAACAACCAAGGCGGUCAAAACUUCCGUGGUCAAGGAAGAAACCAGAAUCAGAACAAUCGUGGCAAUGCCAACAACAAUAGCUUUGGAACUAAUAACGCUGGUACCAACAUCCAAACUUCCCCCGGAAACAAUCAGAACCGUGGUGGACAGAACAUGAUGAAUCGUGGUAAUCAGCAGAACAACCAAAACCCCCGUGUUAGUAAUGAUGGUGGUAAUAAUAUGAACCAGAAUCGUAACAACCUGAAUAAUCAGAGUCAGGGCAAUCGUAUGCAGCCGAAUAAGCCAGGCGGUGGUAAUAACAUGAAUCUGAAUAAUAGGAACCAAGGUGGCGGAAAUAUGAACCGCAACCAAACUCAACCCCGAAAUCAAAAUAACCGCAACAAUAAUAACUUCGAUAAUGACUCCUCCUUUGGCGGGGGUAAUAAUAACUUUGGUGGCAAUAAUCGUAACAAUUUUGCUAACGAUAAUUUUAGCAAUGACAGCUUUAGCAGUAAUCGUAAUGAUAAUUUCUCAAAUGACAACUUUAGCGGCAACAAUCGAAACUUCGGCGGUAAUAAUCGCAACCAGAACGAUAGUUUUAGCAACUCGUUUGGUAGCGGAAACAACAAUGGCGGCGGAGGUGGUGGUCGGUUCAAUAACGAUAGCCAGUUUGGUAACAAUAAUUUCAACCGUAAUCAGAACAAUCGUUUCGAUGAUAAUGAUAAUAACUUUGGUAACAAUUCGAAAGGAAAUAAUUCCUUCAAUCCAAACCGCCAGAAUAAACCCUUCAAUAAUAGUAACAACAGUCAGGGAAUAGGCGGCGGUGGUAUGUCCUUUGGUGAAUUCAGCUCAAACUCCAACCGUGGUGGUUUCGGCGGUGGUAAUUCUAGUAAUUUCGGCUCUGGCAAUGCUGGAGGUGGAAACAAAUGGAAUAACUCCAACUCUCAGCAAUCCAACACCGGCAGCCGCCUCGCCGGUAGUAUUUUCAGCCGCCGCUUUUAAACAGCGAUCAUCUGAACCAAAUACAAGACAGUUGCAUCUUGUAUAUACAUUUAAAGAAUGCUAUAUCUUCCGGGAUGACAAAAUGUCUGGGAAGCGGAUUUUUAGUUUUAGGUGAAGCAAACAAAGUAAUGUAAAAUACUUUUAAGUGUAUUUGCAACAGAAUAAUAUCUGAAAAUGUUUAAGCAGAGUCACAGGAAAAUUUAACAACAUUUUUGUAAUGUUUGUCGUUUGUUUUAAAGCUUUUGACACUACAAUAGAAAGAAACACAAAUCUAGAAUUUUAUAGAUUAUAAAGAUUAUGUUCAUCUCAAGAAAGCGAAAUCACAUAAGAAAUAUUAGGAAAAUAGCAUUACCAACACAAAAUUCGAUCAAUCGUGACCUGAUCGUGAAAAGUAUUUAUUUUAUUUUAAAAACUUAGGAAUUUGUGUAAGACGAAUAUUAUUUUUGCUUUCGUUAUUAAUAUCAACUAUAAUGAACAUAAAUAAUUCAGAUUAGUUUUUGAACAUUUUUUCUGAUAAAAUAGUGGACACAUGUAAUCACAUACAAUUGCUUGUUGUGAUAGCAUACAAAUUAUUCAACAGCAACCAUUGAUAAGUACUCUCUUGAACACACAUAAUGCUGGUAAAAGAUAAGAUAACGUAUUGAAUAUUCACACAGUUGAAUAAUCUAGCAUCGCAUUUAUUUGCGGAAACUUAAGUAAAACAUCGUAACUUAAUUUUAGUGUGCAUCUGAAAUAAAAUGUGAAACACUGAAGAUAAAAUAAAUGAAACUUAGUUUUAUAA